UGGAAUAGCAUCGGAUGCAAGUUUGAGUUAAAACAGUGCAUGUCAUCAUUUAGCAGACCAAUGUUUGAAAACCAGGCUACAAGUAUGCAUACUACAACACCGAAUUUCAUGAGUACAUGACAGCAGUACGAAAUAAUGAUACAGUUGAUGAUAUAUAUUAAAAAUAAAAACAUUAAAUACAUGAAUACUGAAGUAAAAUGUGGAUUUGUCACUACGUUUAUUUAUUGAUCAUGAUAAGCAUAAUAUCUCUUUUAAUUUUAAACGAAUGAUUUUACGAUUCUGGCCGACUGGCUUCCAGCAUACUUUAAAGUACGUACUGUACCAAGUGUUUUAGUACGCAGCGUUGAGCUGCAGCUCUGUAGAGGGAGGGGGGGGUUGAUGGGUCAUCGAGUUCAUUCGUCUCUCAUUCGCACUAGAGCAGCAGCGCCCUCCAUAGAGACCCGCUCUAUCUCUCUCACUCCCGUUGGCAGGAGAAAAGUGUCAUCAGAUGGAUGGUGAAACGCAAAACAAGAGGUUUUAAAAUAAGGCGCAAAAUGUACGUGCCUCCGCGCCACGCUUGACCUUUCAUCAGGACAAAGAGAGUCGAUGAGCCGCCGCUGCCAUUUUCAGGUCAGUCGAGGAAACUCCGUUAACGGAAUAAUACAGCAGCACACGGUGUAUGGAGAGCGGCGAUGAAGCGCGGAUCGCUGUGAAUGAUUAUGGCCGAUAAUCACCGGAGGGGGGUGGACAGAGGCAGAGGCAGGAUGACAUCAGGAUACUCGCAGCAGCAGUAUGUGAGCAACAAAGCGUCAGACAUACAGGAGCUCGCGUCCAAACGCGUGGACAUCCAGAAGAAGCGCUUCUACCUGGACGUCAAGCAGAGCACCAGGGGUCGCUUCCUGAAGAUCGCCGAGGUGUGGAUCGGCCGAGGCCGGCACGACAACAUACGGAAGAGCAAGCUCACCCUGUCCAUGUCCAUGGCACCCGAUUUGCGGUACUGCCUGGGGGAUUUCAUCGAUUAUUACGCGCACAUCGGGCUCAGAGGAUGCCAGCAGGCGCCGCGGCCGGAGGAGCAGAGUAACGGCCAGGGCCGCGUGAUGGACUCCCGCAGGAGAGCAGCGCCAGAUCAGCCGGCAUCAUCCACCGGCUCCGCCGCGUCCGAGGAGCAGAUCCACCGGGUGUUGAAGAGCGAGUUCAUCGAGAGGGACAACAGAAAAUACUAUCUGGACCUGAAGGAGAACCAGCGCGGUCGGUUCCUGCGCAUCAGACAGACCGUCACCAGAGGACACGGCACCAUGGGCUACUACGGUCAGGGCAUCGAGCAGACGAUUGUGCUGCCUGCUCAAGGGCUCAUCGAGUUCAGGGACGCGCUGUCUCAACUCAUCGACGAUUACGGCGACAACGAGCCCGACCGGGCCGCGCGAAACCACGACGAGUCACCUGAGCUGCCCGAGGCCGCGUCGUUCCGCGUCGACAAUAAGCGCUUUUACUUCGACGUGGGCUCGAACAGGUUCGGCGUGUUUCUGAAGAUCAGUGAGGUCCGGCAGCCCUACAGGAACACCAUCACCGUGCCUCUGAAAGCCUGGGUGCGCUUCGGCGAGAACUUCAUCAGGUAUGAGGAGGAGAUGCGACACAUCUUCAGCUGUCACAAAGACAAGCGGACAGACACAGACGAGCACGAUGAUUGACGUGGUCAAAAGAAAAGUAAAAAAGUGAACCUCUAGCUCUUACUGUACAAGUUAACUCUGGACAACCACAACAGCACUUUCACAUUCAGCUCCGUCGUGAUCUUCUCCAUUAAUCAGUCAUUGCUGCGGUUUAUUUUCAGAUAGACAGGAUCGAAACGAGCUUACGUCUGUGCAGAGAGGCUCUGCUGAGCUUCGGUCUGGUUUUAAUGUGUCUAUUGGACUGGAGAGGUUCGGCUUCUUGCAGGCUUUCAGAAUCGUGUGCAUGUGAGAGAGAGAGAGACAGCUUUGCGUGUGUACUGUAUAUCAGUGUGAUCGUAAAUCAAGUACCUAUGAAGGAUUAAAUAGUUCCUUUGUCAUAAAGGAAUAUUGCAGGUUCAAUACAAGUUAAGAUCAAUCGACAGGAUUUGUGGCGAAAUGUUGAUCACCACUAUAAAUAAUUUCGGUGGUUACAGUGAGACACUUACAAUGGAAGUGAAUGGGGCCAAUUUUUGGAGGGUUUAAAGGCAGAAAUGUGAUGCUUAUAAUUUUAUAAAAGCACUUACAUUCAUUCUUCUGUUAAAACUUGUGUAUUAUUUGAGCUGUAAAGUUGUUUAUAUCAUUAUUUUUGCGGUGGUUGUACGGUGUCAUGGCUAUGGAGCUGUAAAAUUGUCUAUAACUUUACACAGAAAUGGUUAGUAAGUGAUUUUAUCACACUGAAAUCAUGUUUACAUGCAUAUUGUUUACAUCUUGUGGCUAUACUUUUGAAAAAGUAUUUAAACGCUCCAAAAAUUGGCCACAUUCACUUCCAUUGUAAGUGCCUCACUGUAACCUCGAUUUUGCUUUUUAAAGAAAAGCAGGGAUGAGUGGAAAUUAAUUUGUGUGGUAGUCAACAUUAUACCACAAAUGCUGUUGUUUGUACUUGUAUUGGUCUCGGAAUAUUAUUAAUAUACUGUAUGUGGACACGGUGCAAUGUAUGUAAAUUGGCAAUCGACUAAUGAUCUCUUUAAGGGGUAUAUUAUAAUUUUUCCCUAACUAGAGGGUUAGGAUUUGGUUCUUUGAUAUUUUGUUUAUCAAAGGCAGAAAUGAAUGAGCUACUGUGUAAUUUCUGAAAAGUGGUAAUCAUUUAUUCUUUUUUUUUUUUCUUUUUAAAAAAAAUUCCCACUACUUACUAGGUCCUCGUGGUGGCGUGGUUACUCACCUCAACCUGGGUGGCAGAGGACAAGUCUCAGUUGCCUCUGCUUCUGAGACAGUCAAUCUGUGCAUCUUAUCAUGUGGCUGGUUGUGCAUGACACCAUGGAGACUCACAGCAUGUAGAGGCUCAUGCUACUCUCCGCAAUCCAUGCACAACUUACCAUGCACCCCAUUGAUAGCUCAGCACACCCUGGAUUUGAUCUCGUGACUCCAGGGGUGGUAGCCAGCGUUAAUACUCACUGAGCUACCCAGGCCCCCAGUCAUUUAUUCUUUAACUUUGUCGAUAACGGACAGGUUUUAAAAAAUCAAAGAUCUUAUCAAGCACUCAUGUCAGAAAUAUUAAAUCAGUUCUACAUAUUCUACACAGUUUCAUUAAUUAUGAUCAACGGCCGGAUAUUUUGUAUAUUCAUGGUAUUUGAUGGUCCAAAGCCUGGGAACGUUUGAUGCUGUGUGCAGCUGAGAGACAUCAAUGCUUGAAGUUUCAUCCCAAAUAAUCAAAAGAGCUGCAACACUUCACAAAACUGCACAAAAUACUUUCUCUAUCUUAAAUGAGAAACCAAAAAGUGCAUUAAUAUUUACCUGAUCUGGAGAAGUUGUGUGCACACACUAGUUGGCUUUUUUAAAAAGCUUUGUUUGUUGAGAACCAAUCACUUCACUUAGAUCUGUUGUGAUCUCAGCUGAACAAUAACUAAUCCAUGAUAAAGUUAUUGGAUUAGUCUUCUGUUCUGUUUGAGUCAUUAUUAUAUACAUAGAUUUAUUGGAUGAAAUGGCCAUGUCCUAAGUAGUGAACAAUAAAGUCCAAAGUAUACUUUGGUUUUGACGCGAGCAUAUAAUUGUUAAAAAAAUUAACAACAGGACCCAAACUAUGCAGUUCAAUUGCCAUUUAUUUAACAGAUAUAAUAAUCAACACAACCAAAACUGAACUAACUUUAAGUAAAUAAUAAAAUAAAAUCGAUAUUGGGAUUUAAAGAAUCGAUUUCACAGUUGUUUAAAUGAAGACUGCAAUUUAAUUGAAAAGUGAAUAUUUUUACCCAUACCAUGGUGAGAUUUGAAUUUUCUUUUUCUAAUAUAUACAGUAUUUGAAAGAUUUUAAACAUGGCUUUAAAUGAUGCAUUCCAGCAUUGUCCCACUUUCUGACCAGACAGAUGCUGAAACACUUGAUGACCAUCAUAUUUGUGCAAUACUUGAUCUAUCUCAUCUUUUUUCCUCACUCCCAGUCAGUGGCAUUCAACAAGAACUGUGUAAAAGCAACUAAAACAUUAUGUUUUAUCUACAUAAAAAUAUAAAUGGGCUGUCAAAUUUUGUUUCUUUCAAAGUAAAGCCCAUUAACAGAUUUUAAAACAUCAUUUUGAAUUUAGAAAUUAGCAUAAAACACUUGAGGAUGAAGUGAUCUUUCCCUUGUGUAAGGUUGAGAAACAAUUGUCGCUAAGCUUGGUGUUUAAAAUGUACUUGCAGUAACAACAUCCAGCUAAAAACAGUAGUUGUGUUCAAAAUAAGUAAAUACUGUAAUACUUUUUAAAAAUACUCUAUGAAAAUAAAUGUUAUUGUUACCCCGCAAACUGCUGCCGCAUCCCCAGAUGUCCCCCAUGUUUUUAAAAGCUGAAAUAGAAGGUCAGCAAAAGAUACACUGGCUCGUAGGAAACAGUAUUUCAGAUUUUGGCAUAUGUUUACAGUAUGUCAUCCAGAUAUAAAAUCUAUACUGAAAAUGGCCGUAGUACUAUGCACAGUAUGUGUAUGGCAUGUACUGAAGUUCCUUCAAAUAUACUACAAGCAUUAUGCUAGUGUAGUAGCUGCCUUCACUAAACCUUUUUUUUUUCUGGGGUUGUAGCAUUUUAGAGGCCUGGAUGUUCAUGCAACUAGUCAGCACAACUAAACUAAUAUUAAUGCUGAUUUUAGGCCUUGGCCGAGUUGGUUUCUGUUUCUUUUGUUUUAUUAGUACUGUUGUACUGUCUCCUAAUUUAGGCAUGUUCACAUGUGCAAUUAUUGUCCAGCUGACAAAAAAGCAAUGCAUUUUGACACUUCUAUUGAUAUUUGCUGAUUCAUAUAGUUUUCAACAGCUAUUCAGUACUUUUUUCUCUCUGUUUGUAAGUGUGUGUGUGUGUGUGUGUGUUUUACCAGAAUAUAACUGAGAAUUAUGAGUAUAUUUUAUGGGUUAGUGUUAAGAUCUACAAGAGACACCUCCCACAGGAAGCACUUUAUUCAAACAGCACUUUGAGCUGCUGCACCUGCUUCAACACUGCUAAGAAGACUUGCAUUUGUGUGCCGUGUGAUAAUAGUGACAAUCACUCUCCCAGAUUAACUCAUUAUAACACCUCAGCCAUUCAAGAAUACAGUCAUCUGCUUGCUCUUUCUGGUUUAUUUCACCAGAAUUAGUUGUAAGUGCUAUGUGUUAGUUCAUAAGUAUAUCCAGGGCUCAACAAUAAGGAUUUUUUUCUGCUGGCCCAUACAGGCCAGUACAGAUUUGUUUUUUGUUUUUUUGUUUUUUUGCAGUUUUUCUUUUAUUUAUUUAAAAAAAAAAAAAUGUUUUUAUAUGCAAUAACACCUGGAUAUGAUACAGCUUAUAUUGUAUAACUCCAGGAAGCUAGAAAUUAAUAUUGCAGAUAAUGCAAAGCAGAAAUCCAUACAUUAGUGACUAAAUUUGAUUUAAUUUAGCAUUAUUUGCAACAACAACAUUCAGUACAUCACAGAAAAACAUAUUUUCAAAGCAUGAAAACACAUGCACAAGAACAACUAAUGAUUUAGUACAUCAAUAGAGUAAGUGACAGUUCCACCAACUGGUUAGAAACUUUAUACAAGUACACGUACGCAGAUGUGAGCGCUUGGCCAACGCGAGGUCCAGUUGAACAUACAUAAAAUCUGUGCCAUUAAACUGGAUUUGUUAUUAGGUUGCUACAAAUAUAUUAACUUUGACUUACUUGCUUAGCAAUAUUAUCUUCAAACAGUUGCUCCGCCAUGACAGCAGUUGGCCUGAAAGAAAAAAGUCACCGUGGAAGUGGACCGUUCACACUAAUGUCUACUAUAGCGCCCCUUGUGGCAACAUUUAGAAUGCAAAGUACUUGCAUCAUGUAUUGUGGUCCACCAUUUUGGUACGCGACUAUGCACAAAAUUGAGCUUGCGUAGCUAGAAGCGUCUGCGCUCACAUACUUGCGUAGAGUAUGUUUCGGCCUUUACUGUUGAGUUUUGUCUGUUUGACACCAGAUUUCAUUGUUCUGAUUGUCUUGUUUGUUUGCUGUGAUUGUCUGCACACAGAUUUUCUACAACAUUGGCUGCAACUACUAGAUGCAGUAUCUGCUAGUAUUCUAUUAGAUUAACUGUGUUUUUUAAACCAGUUAUUUUUCCCUUAAUUUUGAACUUUCUUUUCAAAUAAGGGCAUCAAAAUAUUCAUAACGUUACCCUUGAAUGAAACAUUUUACAAUGACAGCGUUGAGGUCUGAAUGGUUGUCCUCUUUAACCGAUGAAGCAGUGAACGUGUGUAUGGAUAAUCCAUGUGCACAAAAUCUGAGUAAAGGUUUGUUCACUUAUCAAAGAAUUGAGUAAACGUACGCUUGUUACACAUGUAUGUGCUAUGCAUGACCAGAAGAGAGCAGUGUUCGUAUGAUGUAUUUCUUGUUUGAUUUAUAGAUGGGAAAUAAUUAUUAGAUGAUUUCUUUUUAAUGUUUUUUACCCCCCCCCCCAAUUUGGAAGGCCGUCUAAAAAUGUUAUUGGAUUGCAGCUACAUGUCUGAGUUACCGUAACACUUGAAUUUAAAAUCGAACUGUUAUGCAUAACAUGAACUGAAAUCAUAAUUUUCAAGCCAUAGGCCUUAAAUCAUUACACUAUGAUUGUAGUGAUUGAGUUUUGGUUCCAGGUUUGUUUGCUUUUCAUCUAUAGAACGUGAAAUGUUUUUUUACGGGUUUUUUUUUUUUUUAAUGUGGGAAAACAAAAUGGAGAAUUAAUAUAGAUGGAAAAAAGUACUUUUGAAAGCGAUGACAUAAACAAAACAAAAAAGUGUGAAAAUAUUUCAAGUUGGACAGUUUCAAAAUAUUACACCAGAGAUGCAUACCUCUUUAUGUGUUCUUGAUAGUUGUGUGGGUAAUGUGAUGUUUUAAAAAAGAAAUCUUCAGAAAAAAGUAGAUUAUUCAGAAACUUUUUGAGUUGUUUCUCUGUUAUCUUUGUGUUAAUUCCAUCUGCAGUUAGAAUAAAGAAGUAUCAGUGUUUGUUAAAUGAUUUCAAAAGAUGGCCAAAUUUUUUUUUAAAGUUUCGGUGUAUCUUUAGGUAAUGUAGUGUCCUUCUGUAGACCCGUUGAAUAUUAUAUGACUCAAAAACAAGAAGAAAUGGUUCUGUCUGGUAGCACUUUCUUUAAUGUGGGUACUGUGUUCGUUUAUGUUUAACAUGUAUGGUACAGUAUGAAUAUUCCUUAUUUGCCUUGUAAUGUUUUUAAAAGGUGGAAACAUGUAGGAUACAUAUCUGAAGAAAUAUGACAUUUUAAAUACUAAGUUCAUGCAUGCCAACAGUUGGGUCCUAACAAUCUUCAAAUAUUUAUAUGAAAAAUGGUGCUAUAUGAGAACAUAUAAAGGUGCUGGACUGGACCCUAGCUGCAUGCAUGUUGAAUGACAAUGGAAACGGUAGAGUAAACCUGAGGCUAGACACUCAGGAUGUAUGACAAGAUGUCCUUUCUCAACGCGUAACUGUAAAUCAUGCAUACAUGGUACAGUCACACUGCUUUGAGUUGAUAGGUAAAGUAGAAGUGUUCACAAGUGUACACUUGAUCUGUUUGGAGGCUCCCUGCCAACUAGUCUGGCUUUAUUCAGCAGUUAUGCUGUACGUUUACUUAGAAAUUAUAGAUGACUGAUUUGCCGUGGACAGAACGAUGUUUGAAAGGUAUGUUAAUGUUAAAGCUAAUUAGUCUUUUAUAAAUGACCUGUACAGCUGCAAAAUGUCUGAAUCGCCAGACAAGCAGGGAGCAAACAAACUACCCUGGCUAAAUCUCUAACUUUACAGUAAAUAAUACAGCGCAGACAGUACUGUACAUGAUAAAUAUAUUGGGCACAACUCUUAUCAGCUGAGUUUGGACAUGUAAUGGUGGAAAUCCUCACCAAAGUACAAGAUGAAAUCUGUUAUGCUUAUUUACAGUUACAGAAUAUUUGUGUGUACUAAUUCCAGAGACAAUCUAAUAAAGUACAACUUUUUUAUGUUUAAA